AUGAGCCCCCUCUUCGGAUCGCACCGCGAGCUCGGCCUGAGCUCGACCUGGAUGACGGCCGACGGACGGUAUGGACCCUAUGGAUUCGGCGAGGACGACCCCACCACCUACAAGCGGAGCAGGGUCGACUGGGACUUGCUGGACUGGGGGGAGCUUGUCGAUCAGUGUCUCGAGCCUGCUUCCAGACACGAGAGCCAACACCCGGCCAUGCCCAGGCCCAUGCUCAAGCACUCCAAGCCCAAGCGUUUCAAGUCAGAUGAUCAUCCCCACACGACGCGCACCGCCUUGGUGCUCCGAUCGUACGAAGGCUUCAACUACACCGAAGAAGUCAUGUGGAUGAUCCGCUCGCUCAUCACCGAGGCAUCGCUCAAGACUGGCGGACGCUACAGCCUCAUCCUCCUCGUCAACGUCCAGGACAAGGGGUGGGCUAUCCAUGAGUCUCCCGAACACUACCAGCGCGCCUUUCAGGCCAUGCACAUCCCUCCCGAGCUCUGGUCCCUGACGCUGCUCUGGGACGAGAACCUACUCGAGAGUUGGUACCCUCUCGCCACCGAGCACCGCACCAUGUGGCAGGUCAACCAGCCCCUGCAGCUCCUGGCCCACCACUACCCAGAGUACGACCAUUUUUGGCAGCUCGAGAUGGACCAGCGCUUCAUGGGUGACGCCCUCGAGUACCUCGACGCCGUACACACAUUCUCCCUCCUCGAACCACGCAAACAAGCCCUCGAGCGUGCCACGUACCCUUACAUUGAGCGCAACUACAAAUCGUACGAUGAUUUCAUCAACCAGGUCAGCCUUGCCAACAACGGUGGAUCGCGUGCCUGGCCCGCCCUACGCAUACCCGACGUGGAGCCCAUCGGCCCCGAGCCACCCACCCCGCACCCUGAAGACACGCGUGGGUACAGCUCCUAUGGCUUGGGCGAAGAGGCAGACGUCGUCCUCACCAGCUUCUGCGAGGACGUUCGCGACGUGCCCGAGUGGGUCUUUAAUGACUGGUACAGGGGCGAAUUGACCCAGGGCAGCGAAACCCCACGCUUUUUCUGCCCGCCCGCCAUCGCUCGCGCCAGCCGCAAGCUUCUCGGCGCCGUGCAUGAAGCUCAGGUCCGUACGGGUAUCAGCGUUCCCAGCGAGGCCACCCUGCCCUCCUGGGCUCUUUGGCUGGGGCUCAAGCUUAGCUACCCGCCUCAGCCUGUGUACAUGCAGCCUGCCGGUGGUGCUGUUGCUGCUCCUGCUGCUCGCGUGCAGGAAGAUUAUAAAGAAGAGGAGGAGGACGAGUCCUUUACCCACGAGGACCGGUUUGAAGUGCUACGCACCCUACUGGGUGACAGACCCUUUGAUUCACGCGACGGCUUGGCGCACGCGAAACCCCAGUCGUUUGCCAGCAAGGGCCUCACCUACUGGUGGGCUAGCGACUACCCACGCCAAGUCAUGGAUGCGUGGAUGGGCGAUGAUACAAAUGACAUGGAUGCGCGUGCCGUGGCGCCCAUGCUUGUCGAGCACGACGGGCAGGUCUAUGCACCCAACUUUGUCAUGCAUCCUGUAAAGUAG